AAGAUUACAGCACCACCGCCACAAAAUAUAUAAGAAACCCUCAUGGAUUCUUCUUCUUCUUCGUCGUUUGCGGCUUUCACAGACCUUCCUUCCUCUAUUGUGGGUGUAACACGUGAGGAGUACUAUGCUUUUCACAAAAUAGACAGGACCUUAUUCAGUCGUCUUGUCUUUGAUCUUAACCGAGACACGUACCAAACGUCUCAAGUGAUUGCUUUUCUCUUCUUGCUCGAGCAAAUCGAGUACGCUCGAAACUUAACACCGUUUCUCGUCGAAUUAUCAGACGCAUUCAUCGAUGCGGUGGCCAACGAAGUCGAUGUGUGUCUAAGUAUCUUACACAACCUAGAUUAUUCAACGCUCUUCGUUGCGAACAACGAUGAUGGUUCGGUUAUACCUUUGCUCUUGCGUUUGACUGGAGGCAGGCUUACUCUCAGAUACGUCCAUCAAAACCACGAAACUCUCCUCCUUGGUGUGGUAAAGAAUAUGAAUGAUAUCUGCAGCCGAGCUUUUGAUGACUUAUGCGUGAAGGCAGAGAUUUUUAAGGAGCAAUUAUUGGCGUUAGAGAGGGAGAAAGUUAUCCAGGGGAUGAGCAAUAUCAGGUUAAGUGUUCAACAAGAAUCCCCUAAUAGGUUUAAUAUUCAACAAAGAACCUCUACUAGGCAGAGUGUUCAACAACAAACCCCUAUUAGGUUGAGUGUUCCACAAGGAAUCCCUAAGAGGCAGAGCGUUCAACAAAGAACCCCUACUAGGCAGAGUGUUCAACAUCAAAGUCCUAUUAGGUCGAGUGUUCAACAAGGAAUCCCUUCUAGGCAGAGUGUUCAACAUCAAACACCAAUUAGGUUUCAACAAGUAACCUCAACUGUUCAACAAGAAAGGACUCCUCCUGCUCCUACUACACCUCUUCCUGCUGAAGAAGAAACAAACAAGACCGUCACGGAGGAGGUGGGGAGCGAGGAAGUGGUGGUACUGGCGGAUGAUAGGACCGUUUUUCUGACCUUUUCUAAAGGGUACCCCAUUUCGGAGUCAGAAGUUGUGGUUUACUUUACAAGGAGAUUUGGGGAAGUGAUAGAAGCGAUACUGAUGCAAGAGGUGGAAGAGAAUGAGCAACCGUUGUUUGCGAGGAUGGUGUUGAAGAUGGAAUGUGCAUCGAAGAUGGACGAGAUUGUGGGUCCAGGGAAUAAAAGAAAAUUCACUAUUGAUGGCAAACAUGUUUGGGCUCGCAAAUACGUUCGCAAGAAUCCUAGUUCAACUGCUUCUCCCUCAUCCUCACAUGUGUGACUGUCUUAUUUAGUUUUUUUUUUUAAUUAUAAGUUGGAUGUUUUCUCAGACAUAAAA